CCUUUUUGUUAUUUCGUGCUCAGCGUAAAUAUUUCAGCAGCUGUAAAGCAUUUUUAUGUUGAAAAAACGUGAACAUCACGCGGUGCAUACGUAAAAACCCACCACAUUGUGCAGAGCCCUGCUUACGCAUACAUAUCGCGGCGCACACGCUCCGGCAGACCGGUGGCAACCACACCAGCGCCAUCGCGCACGACGCGUCGCACAUCCAAGCGGCAAGCGCAGUUAAGCGAUCCCGAGGAGGAAAACGAAGUCAAUAACCAGCCAGCUAUGGUGCAGACCGAUGAGGAGGAACUGGAGCACGCUAGAACAGAAGCACCAGUUACUGCUGUCAUUGAGGAGAUUCAAUAUGAUGAGCUUGCGCAGCUGCAGCAAAAUCUAGACGACGAUGUGGAAAUGUUGGCCACAGCCGAAACAACCGCCGGCGUAGAUGAGAAGAGCUCUUCAUUUCCCUUUGGUGCUGUUGCCGAUCAGCAUUCAGAAACCAGCGAUGAAGUCAAAGAGAGUCGAACCGAAGAAGGUGUGGAUACCUCGCUUUUGGCCUCCUUGGCUGGCGAUAAUGCCAACAGUUUGCCGUCUGUGGGCGGCAAUGAUGAGAGCGAGACCAACACAAAAAAAGCUAACUUUGAGUCAAAUGUGUCAGAGGCACUGCAGCCCGCUGAUGGCAAACACAACUCAUCUGAAGAUUCUAGCUCGCAUCAUGCCAUGGCCGAGAGCUUAGGCGAUGAAAUCGACCAUGAUAUGGACACAAGCAAUGCGACAAUUGUAAACACGGAAAUAAUUUCAGAAGAUGAACUACCGCCACCCACCAAACCGGAGAUCAAUGAUGCCGAAGAGGUAUCCGAUGAGGAGCUGCCAGCUCCACAGCGUGCAGAGCUGCCCGCCGAUGCCGAGGUCAUAUCCGAAGAUGAAUUACCCACGCACAACAACAACAACAAUAACGAGUCAAAAGGAAGCGGGAAGCGUAAAGCAGGCAGAGAUGCGAAUGAGAAACAGGACAAAAUUGAUGACGAGCCGCAGCAAAGUAACAGCGAAACGAACACAAAAGUCAAACAAACUGAACAAUAUAAUCCCGGCAGUCCAACCUCAGAGAGUAACGAUGCGCCGCCCUCAGAGAAGCGACCCAGAGUUGAUGAAGAUGCUGAGCACAAAGACAAGGAAAAGGAAAGGGAUAGCCAAAAAAGGGAAAAAGAGCGUGAUAAAGACAAAGAAAAGGAAAAGGACAAAGAGAAGGAGAAGGACAAAGAUAAAGAGAAGGAAAAAGAUAAAGAACGGAAAAAGUUGCCCGAUCUCGAUAAAUAUUGGCGUGUCGUCCAAGACGAUGCAUCCGACUUUACAGGCUGGACAUAUUUGCUCCAAUACGUGGACAGCGAGUCCGAUGCUGAGGCGGCGCGCGAUGCCUACGACACAUUCCUGUCGCAUUAUCCCUACUGUUAUGGCUAUUGGCGCAAGUAUGCGGAUUAUGAGAAGCGCAAGGGCAUUAAGGCCAACUGUUAUAAGGUAUUUGAGCGCGGUCUGGAAGCUAUACCCUUGUCGGUGGAUCUGUGGAUACAUUAUCUGAUGCACAUCAAGUCGCAUCAUGGCGACGAGGAACAAUUUAUUCGCAGCCAAUACGAGCGAGCUGUACAGGCGUGCGGCCUGGAGUUUCGCUCCGACAAGCUCUGGGAUGCGUACAUACGCUGGGAGAACGAAUCCAAACGUUAUCAGCGCGUCGUCCAGAUCUAUGAUCGUCUACUCACCAUACCCACCCAGGGCUACAAUGGCCACUUUGACAACUUUCAGGAUAUCAUAAAUCAACAUGCAAUAACUGCCACGCUUAGCAACGAGGAGUUGUUGCGUUUGCGCAAAGAAUGGCACGAACGCCAGCUAAACAAAUCUUCAAAGUCAUCGUCCAAAAGUCGCCGCGACAGCGCCAGUUCAAAGGAUUCGAAAGUUGAGCGCGAACGUGAUCGCGAUCGCGAUGCGAAGCAUAAGGAAGCGACUGGUGGUAAGUCACCCAAAGAUACUAGUGAAACGCCUGAUGAAUCAGCAACUACAACCGAUUUGACCGUAAGCGAGUCAUCAUCCGCGGUCGCAUCGAAGACGGCGCCCAUAGAUUUCAGCGAUCUCAGCACGCUAAGCGAGGAGGAGAUAACUGCCAUCAAGGACAAGGCCAUUUCGGCGCGCCGCAAGCUGCACAAAUUGACGGUCAGUGCGGUCACUGCCCGCUGGUCCUUCGAAGAGGGCAUCAAGCGUCCGUAUUUCCAUGUAAAGCCACUGGAACGUGCACAGCUCAAAAACUGGAAAGAUUAUCUUGACUUUGAGAUCGAAAAGGGUGAUCGGGAACGCAUUUUGGUACUCUUUGAACGUUGUCUCAUCGCCUGCGCUUUGUACGAUGAGUUCUGGCUAAAGAUGCUGCGCUAUCUGGAGUCACUGAAUGACCAAAGUCAAAGUAUAUUGGAUAUCACACGCGAUGUCUAUCGGCGCGCUUGUCGCAUCCAUCAUCCAGAGAAGCCCAGUCUGCAUUUAAUGUGGGCCGCUUUCGAGGAGUGCCAGCUGAAUUUUGAUGGCGCCGCCGAAGUGCUGGAGCGCAUAGAGCAGCGUUGUCCAAAUCUCUUACAGAUUGCCUAUCGCCGCAUCAACGUGGAGCGACGUCGCGGCUCCCUAGACAAAGCCCGUGAGCUAUACAAGCAUUACAUAGAGCACAGCAAGAACAAAGCCAUUGCCGGCAGCUUGGCCAUCAAAUAUGCCCGAUUUCUUAAUAAGAUCUGCAAUGAUCUAGAUGCUGGCCUGGCUGCACUGCAGCAGGCGUUAGAGCGCGAUCCUGCCAACACACGCGUUGCCCUACAAAUGAUUGAUUUGUGCUUGCAGCGGCCACAAGUUGUUGAACAGGAAGUGGUACAGAUUAUGGACAAGUUUAUGUCACGCGCUGACAUUGAGCCAGAUCAGAAGGUGCUUUUUGCACAGCGCAAAGUCGAGUUUCUUGAGGAUUUCGGUAGCACUGCCAAGGGACUGCAGGAUGCGCAACGGGCGCUUCAACUGGCACUGAGCAAGGCCAGCGAAGCGAAGAAAAGCAGCAAUGACAGUAGUCCCAGUCGCAAGAACUCUACAAACGCCAAGGAAAACGCCGCUGCCUCCAGUGGCUCAUCUGCCGCACCAGCUGCGUACAACAAUGGGGGCUCGACGGCAGCCAAUGCCAACUACAACUACAAUUCUGUUAACUCGGGCGCCUAUUAUGCACAGCAGAGCGGCGGUGCCUAUCCGCCGCAGCAGCAGCAAUCCUAUGACUCCUACUAUAAUCAAUGGGGCGGUGGUUAUGGUUCUGGUGGGGGCGCCAGCGCCGGUGGUGCCGGCUACAAUUAUGGCCAGUGGAGCGGCUAUGGCAACUACUACUAAUACUAAGACAGUCUAGCAGUCGGUCAUUCCCCGCAUCUGCACAGCUUUUGGUAGUGUCAGCGUAAGCUCCGUUGAACUCUAGUGUAAAGAUAUUUGUAAUUUUAUAAUUGAUUCUUAAAAUACAUAAAAGAAUAUGUAGCAUCUAAGUGCUUAAAUACAUAUGUGAAUAUAAUGUGCAACAGCCACGCCCACAACAAACCUCACAAAACCAAUACAAAUUCAAAUUCUAUACAAUAU